CGCUUCUGUCAGCAGGAGGAGGAAGUCCCUGCCUGGCGAACUAGCCGCCCAAAGACGAAUAAUACCUGAAUAAAACCUCGAUCAGGAUUCAGACAAAGUAUGGAAGCGAAGAGACCACUUAAGACGGAAGCUGGAGAUGCCACUUGUCCAGAAGAGGAGGCCAAAAAGGCAGCAGCUAGAGCCAAGGCAGCUAACCGCCUGCCUGAGGUCCGUCUGGUGGUGCUGGGCUGGAGGUGGCCGGGGAAGAGCCUGACUGGAAACACCAUCUUAGGCCGAGAGGAGUUCCGCUUGGAGCGAGCAGCUGAGUUCUGCGUGAAGAGAGAAUCGGAGGCAGCGGGUCGGCAGGUGAUGGUGGUGGACACUCCGGGCUGGUUCUCCGCUCAAGAUACACCACCCUCCUACAAGGAGGAGUUAGUGAGGGGAGCUACUCUUUGCCCUCCAGGUCCACACGGCUUCCUGCUCUGCAUCCCAGUGGGCAUGUUCACUGAGGUGGACCGCUCUCGCAUCGAGGAGCAUGUGAGCCUCUUUGGUGAGCAUGUGUGGGAGCACACAAUUGUGGUUUUCACCUGGGCAGAGGUGUUGAGGACCAUUUCAAUCGAGAGGUACAUUCGGAGGGAGGGCAAGGACCUGCAGUGGGUACUGGAAAAGUGUAAGCGAAGGUACUUUGUUAUUAAUAACUGCAUAUUCGGGGAGCAUCCCCAGGUGGGGCGCUUGCUGGAGAGAGUGGAGAAAAUGGUGGCAGAGGAAGGAGGCUUCUACAACCAUGAGGAGGCAAAGAAGGAAAAGAAACCUCAAGAUGAGAACCAGAAUCCAGCCAGAGAGGGACGGGAGCUGGGGGCUCGGCCCAAACAGAACUCUGGGCUGGAUUUGUCCAAACCCAUGGAGGUGGAGCCGCUUUCUAAUUAACAAGACACUCUUGGCUGAUGGACCCUCUAAACGACGAAUAACGGAAGCUCUGCCUUAUUGUUCUGAUGGCAAAGCUGCUUAUUUGACAAGAAAAAAAGGGUAACUGAAAUUUCACUGAUUGAGAAAAACAGUGUGAUUUAUUUAUUUUUUUAAUCAGACAUGUAACUGUGAGUUUUAGUCGUGUGUCUUUUUGUUUCUUUAUGUGAUGAUAUUAGAGGCCUUAGCCACAUAAACACUCUUUUUCAUGCUGUCCAAAGAUUUAUACUCCCCUGUUUUGUUAUUUAGUUUGAAAGAUGUUUAAGGUGUAUGAGGAGUGUUUUGUGAUGCCAGGGAUUUAAUUUAAUCAGAAACAAGGAAGCACAAGCUGUUACAUGCCAUCAUAUUCAAACCCAUUGUGUACACACUCCGUAGUCUUGGCGUCUACAAAUGGCAGAACUGCACUACUAAAUUGUUACUAUAAUCUUCUGUCAGUGACUGUUGCGGGAAUUGCUUCUUUAACGAUUCCCAUUUGUUGUGACCAAACUGUAAAUUCUUUUGUCGUGCUGCAAUGUUUAUUACACUCUCAGUGUACAGUUAUAAAGCACAUGGGCAGUUAUUGAUUUUGUGUGUUGCCUUAAAGCAGUGGUUUUGUGUUUGUGUUUUUUUGUCAAUGGAUGUUUCAUGUUUAUAUCACUGUGUGGUGGAGGGAUAUGUUUGAGGCAAGGACGCACUACCAUGGUGAGCUGCAAUGAUUAGUUUAGUAAUUUGUAAAUUAAAAAUCUCCGACAAUUUUGAUAAUCAAUACAUUGUUUAAAUUAGUAUCAAGAGUAGAGUAUUAACAAAGCAAAACAAAUAUCUAAAUAUCUUCAGGUUUUGUAGUGCUUAUUAGACAAGAUAUCUAAUUACAUGUUUGUAUUUAGGAAACUGAAAUGCUUAUAUAUAUUUAUUAUUAAAUGUUGUGACAUUUUAUAGACCAGACCAUUUAUCAAUUAAGCAACAGGUCAGAAGUAAAACAGGCUUGAAUCUUUUCCAUCAGAAAGGACAGCAAAACACUGCUUCAGCCUGCUGUUAAGUUAUACUUUAAGGAGACAACUAAUACAGUGUAACUGUAAAGAUCACCUUUAAGGUUUUUGUUGAUGGAACAACAACAAUCUUGGGUUUAAACAGGUUUAGUCUUUGACCUCCAACAGGCUGUGCAAGCAGUUGGUAAGACUCUCCAACUCUUUGUUUGUUCUGGUGUACUAUUAUUGGACAGAGUCAGCUGCUCUGGACAGGAGGACGCGUGAAGCGGUUUUUAUAGGCGCUUUGAUAGCUCACUGUACUGACCCCCACAUGAAUCAGGUAGUGUUACACCACCAUCUGAGUGACCCACUUAAAGGAAACAUACAGUAAAGAGUUACAUGCUGUCGUUAGACCAGUUGAAUCACUCCUGUCCUCUUUCUUGUGUUGGUGGGGCUGUUGUAGGACUGUGCUCCCUGCAGGAAACAGGUGGUUAAUCCUUGCCUUGGACAUAUCCCUCUGCUGCAGACCAGUUCACAUACAUACAGACAUAAACAUACCAAUAGAACUGUCAGUUUUACUUUGUUUUACUUGGGAACACUGCUCAUUUAGUUUUAGUUAACCUGGCGUACUGGUGUGAAUCAGGGUCUAGUAGCGUUGUUACUGACUGCCUUCAAUCUUUUGUAAAUGUCACAGUCUCACUUUUGGCCCUCAGGACUCAAACAUACUGGUUUUCAUUCUCACCAUCAAACCUGAUUGUUACUUUUUAUCAUUAUCAAGAUGGCCAGGAUUCAAAUCAACUGACUCGAAGCCUUUUUAUCGUAGGAAUGCUGUCGAUACGGUUUCUUUAAAGAAGCCGCCGGACUCUUGCAUGAAUGUGUUUAUACUUAUUAAGAGUUAAGAGUUAAGCAAACCUAAUGCUGUAUACUCAGAUAUGCACUAUGAUUAUUUCACCCAGUGUGGGCAAAUACCAUGCAAAUACAGACAUUUAUGAACUGAAACAUGAUACAGGAAACAGGUCUGCUGUAAACUUGUAUUGUAUACUAGUGCCUAAGGGACUUUGUAUUCCUAUUUUUUUCAGGGGUUUGACAUAAGCAUUACAGAUGUGGGUCAUACUGUAUGGGGGAGAAUCUUGAUUGAACACUGAGUCACAAAGGGAGGCCAGGACACAGCAGACAUGUACAGAAACUGCUGUUAAGGCAUGCAACCUGAUACAACCCACUAUCAGUGUUUGUAAUGGUGAUUGAGUUACUUUCCAGCAUGUGAAUCGAGUUACUCUUAAGAAAUUAAUGAAUGAAGCAGAGUCAUCUCUCUGGGCUUUUGCUGUAUCCUCUGUCGGCCUGCAACAUGUCGUAUUGGCCCACACUAUUUAAAGUAGAUUUCCUUUGUUAGAAAUUUACUGUGUUCUUCUACUAAGUCCAAAUAAAUGUAUAUUUUGAUCUAA